GCUGAUAAUACUGCAGGUCAUAGCACCACUUCUGCAACAAAAACUAGUUUUUUAUCAUAUAGCAGUAUAGUCAGAGGACAUACAAGCAAGAACUCAGAAUUAUUCAAUCUAUUGCAACAAGAAGAAACUGAUGACUGGCUAAUGGAUAUAGAUAAUGCAAUUCAAGCCAAAGUUAAAGAUGA